UCAUCCAUCAAUCUUGGUAUUAAAACGCAAUUCUAUGCUAAAAAAAGUCACCAAACCAAAACGUCACUUUGAAUGAUUCAGUGCGUCGGGCGAGCAUUGUUUUUAGUGUUGGUUUCUACUCCGGCUAUCACUACUAGGACUAAGCUGUCAAUUCCAUUCCAUUCCAGAUCUUGUUCCCCAUUCUCUCAGCGAGCCAUGGCAAAGACCAUGCCGUCGGCGAAGAAAGUGAGGCACGAAAUGGAGAUGUUCGGGGACGUUAGAGUGGACAACUACUACUGGCUCCGCGACGACUCUCGCUCUGACCCAGAGGUCCUCUCUUAUCUCCACCAAGAAAAUGCUUACACUGAUUCUGUAAUGUCUGGGACCAAACAAUUAGAGGAUCGUAUUUAUACUGAGAUAAGAGGAAGAAUUAAAGAAGAUGACAUAUCUGCACCAUCACGGAGAGGACCAUACUACUACUACAGGAGGAACUUGGAGGGUAAGGAAUAUGUCCAACACUGUAGAUGCUAUGUGCCUACAAGUACAGCUCCAACAUCUGUUUAUGAUACAAUGCCAACUGGACCUGAUGCUCCUCCAGAGCAUAUCAUCUUGGAUGAGAAUGUCAAAGCGCUAGAGCACACAUACUACAGCAUUGGUAGUUUCAAAGUCAGUCCAAAUAACAAGUUAGUUGCAUAUGCAGAGGACACCAAAGGAGAUGAGAUAUACACUGUUUAUGUUAUCAAUGCAGAGUCAGGAAUUUUGGUUGGGAAACCUCUGGUUGGUGCCAUUACAUCAUAUCUUGAAUGGGCAGGUGAUGAAGCCUUAGUUUACAUCACAAUGGAUGGGAUCCUUCGACCAGACAAGGCCUGGUUGCAUAAAUUGGGAACUAACCAGUCAGAUGACUCUUGCCUUUAUCAUGAAAAGGACGAGACAUUUUCUUUGGAUCUUCAGGCAUCCGAGAGCAAGAAAUAUUUAUUUGUUGCAUCCGAGAGUAAAAAUACAAGAUUUGUCUUUUAUCUAGACACUUCAAAACCUGAAAAUAAUUUGUUGGUAUUAACACCACGUAUGACUGGCAUUGACACAUCAGCUAGUCAUCGUGGAGACCAUUUCUUCAUCCAGAGGAGAAGUGAUGAAUGUUUUAAUUCAGAAUUACUUGCAUGCCCUGUGGAAAAUAUAUCUGCUACCACUGUUCUCCUUCCUCACCGUCCAAGUGUCAAGCUCCAGGACAUACAACUUUUUACGGACCAUCUUGCUGUUCAUGAACGUGAAAAUGGUCUACCUAGAAUAACUGUAUAUCGCCUUCCUGCUGUUGGAGAGCCACUAGAAAGACUUCAAGGUGGUCGUGCUGUUGAUUUUGUUGAUCCUGUUUUCUCUGCGGAUCCAUUAGAAUCAGAAUUCGAAUCCAGCGUACUCAGGUUUUCUUAUAGCUCAAUGAGAACCCCGCUUUCUGUAUAUGACUAUGAUAUGGACACAGGGGUUUCGGUGCUGAAGAAGAUUGAGACGGUGAGUUACAUGAGUGAUUACUGACUUGUGAUGGUAAAUCGAGUUGGUUUUAUUAUGCGUCUAAUGUAUUUACUCAUUAUAGACUUGCCUCUUCUAAAUUUUGUUUUUGUUUAUGAGCACACCUUUUACAUCAAACACAGUCUUA